AUGUCCUCCCUGGAUAAUCUGCUCGAACGGCUCGUGGCCAACUGUUCGACGUUCGACGAAAUGCCGCAUUCGUUCGACGAUACGCUCAUCGACAAACUCGUCGACACGAUCGAAUUCGAAGGUUUUUAGCAGUAGCGGAGCGCCGCCAAACCGACACUACUUGUUUUAGAAAGCAGUCUGACCGUCGUGCGCAAUUUCGUGCGCAACAUUGACUUUGAGAGCCGCUGCAUUCCCAUUCAGAUGAUCAUUCGUCUUCUCGACGCCGCCAUCGUCAAACAGGUGUUGUCGGUGCACUAAAAAAGCGAUGUUUGAGGGAACUUUGAUAUUACUCAACGAAAAACAGGCACAAAUGUGUUAAGGGACUGUAAAAGUAUGACAAAAUGGCCAAUUUUUGUGGAACAAUUGAGAAAACUAGUCGCUGAACGAUUUUUGCUCAAUUUCACGGAAAACUUGCUUCAGGUGUUCCACGACGACGAGCUGCUGCUGGAAUUCGUGCAGAGAAGCGAGGACCUGCUUCCGCAGAACAGGCCCGCCAAACUGAUGGACGAUUUGUUCAAAUUCUAUCAGCGGCCCGCCGUUUUCAACGUUCGCAGACCCGACGCAUGGCUGAGUACGUGGCUUUUUGCUGGAAAAUCUUUUCGGAUCGAAACUUUGCAGACGUCUUUGUUCGUGGAUUGAAGUACGUCGAUUGGUCUGAAACUCGGACCGAACAUACUUCAAUCCAUGUGCAAGAAGUCUGCAAAGUUUGGGCCCGAUCGGAAUAUUGCAAGUGGGUCAAAGGCCAAGCCAAGGCCUGGAUCUCGUUGGGAUUCUGCGUCAAAACACUUUCGAGUCAAACUUGCAGACGUGAUCCGGUGGGCGAUAAACGAGAUCGACGAGGAGACGACGUCCGUGUUCCUGCGCCGUCAAUACCAGCAGUUCGUCUGUCAACUGCCCGCGCCCGACGCCCGACGUCUUCUCGUGAUCGCCGGCGCGACGGAGAUGUUCAUGCGGAGGACGCGGCCGGAGUCGGGGCACAAUAAUUAUAUCAUCGAUGCGCUCACGCGGAUCCUCGACGCCUACGCAGAGCAGUUGGCGGCGGAGGAGUGCACGAAUGUGGUGGAGAGUGCGCGGACGGCCGGGCGCCUCGGCGAGAACACCAUUCGGCUGAUUGUUAGACUCAGGGAGUAAGUACGGUCCAUUGAAGAGAGCGUGAAAGAGGAACAACCUAGAACACGACGGAAUUCUUCCAGAAUCCACUCGAGCCUGACGAUUCCGUUGACCCCCGGCAGUUGGACAUCGGAGACGAACCGCGUCGAUCUCAUCUGUUUUCUGCUCGAAUCGCAACCGAAUCCGUGUCAGGGCAUCGAGGCGUUCAGCGACGAAACGAACGACGAGCGGGUCGAGUCGGUGGACCAGCUGGUCGACUUGCUCUUGUACUCGCCGGCCGUCAAACUGCACCACAAGACGAGAAUACUGCAUCGGAUGGGCGAUCGACAGUUGAGCACCUUCCUCGAACAACUGAACGUCGAGGUCAAGAUCGAGGGAAAGAUCCGCGUGAAUGACGUCACCCGACUGCUUUCCAAGUGAGCAUUCGAAUUCGGCCCUUUUAGUCAAGAUCUCAGUUUUCACCUGGGUAGAAGGCCCGUGUCCAAUCGGAUUAACGAUGUUUGCAACUGGGCCGGGAGUCCUGGCUUCGACAAGCCUUAGUUGUUUUCCGGGCCCUAGGCUCCUAGUCCUUCUCCCAGAUCUUUUUGAAACACUGAAAGUGAACCCUAAUACCACAGCGAGUUGUGUAACCCUCUUCCAUUCUCAGACUGGCGCCACGUGUCGGCCUCGCGCAAAUCGCCGUACUGUUUGGAUCGCUGGGCCCGCGCGUGCUCGAAUCCUCCUCGCUGCUGCAGGAAUUGGGCAAAGUGUACGGGCCGGACGUGUUCGCGAACGUCGAAUUCGCCGAGUUCAAAAACCGACUGCGUGGGCGGCUGACUGACAUGAUCCGCACAUCGGCACUCGAAUCCGAGUGGGAGCAGACGGACACCGCACUCGAGAUUGCCUACAUUUUUCCGUGUUUUCUGCCGGAUAUUGGUGCGUCUUAUUUGAUUUUUACUACCAAUAAUCAUUAAAUUUGGUGCAGAAGACCUGCAAGCGCUGACGAGAAGUGACCGUAACUCGCCGUACGUGAUGGGAAUGGUGCUCAAACUGCUCAGGGACCACUACGGAGGCAUUCCCGACGACCUCGUCCGUUUCUACGUCAUCGAGUCGGCGGACCCGGGACCGAAGCUGCUCUGUAUGAAGUAUCUGAGCAAUCCGCUCUUCUUUCCCACCCUCGACGCCGAAAUGAUUGUCGAGUACCUAGAGGCCGGACUCGUGGAUAACGGAUACGAAUUGCGCCGGGAGGCACUCAAGUUCGCCGAGGUCGCCAUGGCCAAACCGCACUUUAGAAGUCGCGUCGUCGACGUGCUUUCCGAGCACAAAAAUGUAAGGUGUCGGGUGGACAUUAAAAACCAUUUCAAUCGUCCCUCGUUUCAGGACCGCUGGAUCGGCCGUUUCGUGCGUCGACUCCUUCACGAAGAGCUGACGGCGCCGGAAAACGAGUCGGUGUCGAUUGUGCAAGAGAUGCUCGCGUCGCUUCAAGUGCACGGAGCCGACGACGACGUCAGAGACUGCUAUUAA